UUUUCUUAAAAUUACAUUCGUUCAUUCAGUUUGGUUAUUACUGAGAGGAAUGACGUCAUGAUGGGGUGCGCUAUUGAUUUAUCCGCCAGUGGAAUCGAGGAACGAGUUUCAGACGUUCUGCGGUGAAGUGUAUCUUUCAGAAAAAAACACAGGAUUAUUCAACAUUGCGACAAUGAGAUAAUAGCAUACAUUGACUAUUAUUUCAGGAAGAAAUGAUUCACUGGACAAAAGUUCACUUGAAAGAGGUUAUCCGCACUGUUGCUGUGAGCUUCGUUGCCGAAGUCCGGACGAGUUCACUUGAUGAUCAAGGGUAACGCAAGUUGACACGUUUUUUGAUAAUAGUGGGAAUUAAUUCGAGACUGUGAAAGAAAAUACUAGCAAAUUCUAAUUAAAUUUCCUCCGUUCUGGAGUAUACUAUAAAUAUGUUAAUGAGGCGGCAGUUAUUUCAAUUGUUUAUUUUUAACGAAGAUAAAAUAGAUUUUACUGACAUUUACAAUUGAUAUAGUGUUAUGAUGUCCAAAUUCGAAUGUCAGACAUUUCAGUUACGGUAAACAUGGAACUGAAAAAUGGGUAGAGCCUUGAGCAAUAUUUGAAAGACCACUGUCUGUGGUGAUCAUCACGUGAAUUUUUUGCCUACACAUCUCGUGUAGCAGAAGAUUGUUCACUCAGCAAGUUUCAAGAUGGCUGCCAACAAGAGGUCGAAGAGGUCCGUUCGCCUCUUGUCGUACUCUUCCAAGCCAACAAUGAGGCACUGCUCAGAAGAUGCCGCGCUUGUGGUGCGCUUGAAGAGUGAUAUUAUCCUGUGAGCUCAAUUCUCCAUAAAAGCGUAAUCAUGGGGAGCAGCUGCUCUUCUGGCCAAGGUCAUAAGGACAAGGACAGCGUGUCCACCCGUUCAGAAGAAUCUCCCAGUUAUCAAGUCACAACCAAAAAACAAGGAAACAACAGUGUUCCGCAAGUAUCAUCAGGGGUCAUUUUAGAAGCAUCUACAGUAGCUGCUACUGUACAGCGAGGGAUGACAAGUAGUUCAGAAGUGGAUUCUUUAGCAGUGGGUGGAGGUGAUUCCACUCAACCCCCAGCCACACCAUCCGCUGUUGCCCUUGAGAGGAAACCAACCAAAGAUGGAAUGACGAAAGUUUUUAGAGGUGUUACUUCAUCAACUAUAUCAGCUGCAGAUUCAAUGUCAUUGUCAUCCCCACCUGGAACUACUGCUCAAAGCCCUCGUGAAUUUGACAAAUUAAAUAGUGAUGUGCAAUUGCCAGUUGAAAUUCAACACCUACCUGAAAAUUGUCAAAACUUGAUUCUGGGUCGUACUGCUGCUGUCAGACCAACUAUUAAGACUCGAAAAAUAGUAAUUUAUGUAUGUGCUGCUGAUUCUCAAGAUUGCUGUGUAGAAAAGGGAGUCCUGCAUAAUGUAGUGUAUCCCGAACUUAGGUCACAUUGUAGGAAUCAAGGUUAUGAACUGCAUAUUGUUGAUUUACAUUGGAAAACAGGAUUAGAAAAGCAACAAGAUCAUGAAUUUCCAGAAUUAUGCUUAGGAGAGUUGACACGCCAAAUGCAGGUUGCCUAUAUCAUUCCUGUUCUAUUUCUUAACAAUUCUUUGGGAACACCACUCUUACCUAACACCAUUGAAACCCAAGAUUUUGAAAUGGCUUUGAAGAAGGCUGAUAAUAAGGAACUACUACAGAAAUGGUACCAUCUUGAUAGUCAUGCUCAGCCACCAUGUUAUCGUCUCCAGCCUACAGGCAUUCAUAUUCCAGGACUUCGGGAAAAUUCAACGGAAGAAAAGGAACGAGCCCUUGCUGAAUGGCGGGCAGAAAUAGAACGCACAUUGGCUGUGAUGGUGAAUGUCUUCCCUCAGGAAUUGCGAGAUACUUACCUUACAACUGUUGUUGAACAGAAUCUUCUGUCAGAGAAGCAUAUACUACGCUUGCCAGUUCGUUGGGCAGAAGGUGGCCUUAAUUUGGAGAUACCUGAACAUGCGCAGUAUAUAUCUGAAGUAACUGCACAUCUUUCAAAGCAUUUACGAGUUGUAAUUGAUACAAUUAUUGAUGAAGAUCAAGCAAAGGUUGUUCUAAGGUCUUGUUAUGGGAUUGAAAGACGCCUUUUGCAAGAGCUAAUGCAGCAUACAACUUUUUGUCAGAAGGCAUCUCAGUGUAGUGUCAAUCGUGAUGGCAUUUUGCAAGAAAUAAAGAAAUAUAUCACAGGGGAAAGUAAAAGUCUUCUAUUAUUACAUGGACCUCGGGGCUGUGGAAAAAGUACUCUGGUAGCAAGGGCUGCACAAUGUUGCCAUUCAUGGAUACCUGACUCUGUACUGAUUAUUCGAUUUGUGGGUUUGUCAAAUGAAAGUCGAACUGUGGAACAGCUUGUGAGAAUUCUGAUAGAUCAGAUAUCUGUUGUAACUUAUGGACAUCAAUAUUGGGGAACACAUAAUGUGAUGAAAUACAAGGAAUACCUACCCCAGUUAUUAGCUGCUGCUGGUUUGCAACACCCUAUAAUUAUUAUAAUUGAUGGUAUUGAUCAAGUGAGAGAAUAUGGCACUCAAAAUUUGGAAUGGCUUCCUUUAACACUACCUGAAAAUGUGAAAUUUAUUUUGUCUGUCUCUGAAGAUAGUUCAAUGUAUGUUGAGCUUACAAAGAGACUUGGGAAUACAAAUUGUCUUAUUAAGAUGCCUGCACUUGGAAAACCUGAAGCUCAAUCCAUUUUAAUGUCUUCUGUAAUGCAAUAUAAUCAUAGUGUUGACAGCAGAGUCCAAGGUUGUGUGAAAUCAUCUGUACAGGAUUGUACGCUUCCUUUAUACGUUAAGGUGUUAGCGUGGCAAACAUCUUGGUGGACUGAUGCAGAACAUGAUAUUGUGCCCAAAGGCAAUGUUAGAGAUCAAUUGAGUAUUAUGCUAAAUGAAUUAGAAUCUAUUUUAGGAAAAGAAAUGAUUGAACAUGCUCUAGCAUUGGCUACAGUGUCCAAGAAUGGUCUGACAGAUUCAGAAACAUUAGACCUGUUGGCUCAAGACCCUGUCUUCCAUAGUCAAGCAACAUAUGUAUCAUGGGCCCCAGCUUGCUUGUUCUGGGCAAGACUCAACAAAUAUUUGGCUCCUUUUCUUCAGUGGACUGUAUCUUCAGAUAUCAGUACAUUUCAAUGGAGAGAUGAAACUGUUUUUGCAGCUAUCAAAAAACGAUACUUAGGUAGCUCAGCGCAAGUACAAUGGGCAUGUCAAACUUUAAUAAGCUAUUUUAAGGGUACUUGGAUGAAUGACAAAGUUGGUUUAGAAGGAAGACUUAUUGCUAAGCCUGCAGUUGUAAAUAGGUGUUUUGACCAGCGAAAAUAUGAUGAACUACCAUACCAAGUAUUUAAAUUAAAAGGAUCAAUAAAAGAAGAUUACUUAUUUAAUCAUACAUGGUUAUAUGAAAAAUUGUGCUGUUCAGGAGUGCACCAGGUUUUGGAAGAUAUUUCUUUAGAGAACAAAGAAGAUAACAAAGAUCUUCAUUUGCUACGAAAAAGCCUAGAAGAAUGUGCAACAGCUUUGAAUUAUGAUGGUCGGCAAUUCUACUCACAGAUGUAUCGCUUUUUAUCUUCUAAAUCAUCAGAAGGCUAUAGUUUUAUGUCAAAAUUAAAAGAAAUUUGCUCAAGUCCUCCAGUUCUGUCCCUGCUUCCACUACCAUUGCUGGACAGUUCAAAUGAAGUACAUGAAUCAGAACCUCAUUCCAAAACAGUUCUAGAGGCAGAAGGCGGAGAGUUUGAUCAAUCACGUUUUGAUUUUAUGACUCGUUUAGGUGAAAAUCCUGAUUUUGUUGUGACAGUUUCAACAGAAAAGGAAGAAAUAUCAGUGUGGAAUGUUCACAAAGCUAUACCUGUCAGAACUCUAAAAGGUGUAACACAUCCCAUUAAUUUGAAAGCUAUUAAUGAUCAUCGUUGUGUUGUAUUAUGCCGUAGAGAACUUCGAAUUUAUGAUUUAAAUACUGGACAGUUUGUGACUAGAUUAAAGGGUGUCAUGAAUCAAAAGAUGCCCUACUAUGGUCUGCAUGAUAAUGAACAUUUAGUUGCUUUGUCACGCAACAGAAUGUAUGUAAAUUUAAUGAACUUGGAGAGUGGAGACUGUGUUACUACAUUUAAAGCAGGUGAAGAUCGGUUUUUAAAUUCUCUGUUAGUAUCUGGAGAUGGCAGAGUUUUGGUAUGUGGAGACGAAACACAGAAACCUUUCCCUUUACUUGUGUGGAAUUUGGCAUCCCGAAAAUUAUUGUAUGAUUUGCGCAUCCCUCAUCAUGAUUUUGUUACAAGCCUUGCUGCCAUUACUCAUGAGGGUCAUUAUGUAUGUUGUGUUGCAAAGGAAGUAGAUGAGCCAAGUCCAAAUUUUAUUGUGGUUUAUGAUUUACAAAGUGGAACAUUGUUUAAAAAAUGGAAACCAGGAGUGAAUACUGUUUCAUUAGAUAUAUCGUCACGUGACGGUUGCGUAUUAAGUGGAUUAGAAGAUGCUCGUAUUUUAGUUUGGGAUCUAGUUACAGGUAAUUGUAGAUGGAGUCUCUGUGGUCAUACUGCCCCUGUUAAUUUUCUUCGACUAGAUCCUCAAGGGGGCUCAUUUCUUUCUGCUGAUUCAAAUUGUAGAGAUCGUUCGCUUCGUUUGUGGAAUCUACAUAAAGGUGAACUGCUGGCAGUUUACACACCUGAUAGACCAGUGACUUCAUGCGAAGUUACUAGUGGUGGACGAUCUGUGGUUCUUGCUCUUUGCGGUCAGACACACAUCACAACAUUACAAAUGCAUGGACCUGGGUUUGAAAAACCCUCUGGUGGCUCUGUGUAUGGAUGUCUAGAAAACACAGGCAAAGUAUUUGAUUUGCAGGAUGAAACAGGUGCAGAAAGGUGACAGGGAAAGAUUGAAUUUUAUGAAAAACUCUUUAUUUACCUUAUGACAAAGAGACUUAAUGACAUUUUCUGUGAGUCAAAAUUUUCCACAUGUCUGAUCCACUGUAAAGAGGUAAGCACUUUGGACCGCCCAAUUGCACAAUGUGUUGUUACAAUUUAAUGCCCAAUGUACUGCGGCAGCUGAUACUCCAAUAAUACUAUCAGCUGUGCAAGUUUGUAUGAAUUUCCUGCAAUAAUUGGAGAGCUCAGGUUUAUUUUCCUUUAGAUGCUCUAAUUUAUUUGAAAGAAUUUCUUCCAAUAUAUUUUUGAAGUAUGUUACUAAUGAAUGUUGAACGGUGAAAAUCCUGAAUGUUUAGUAUUCCGAAUUUUAAGUUUAAAAUUAUUUCUUACACAACACAUAGCUUUCACAUCUCCAAUGUGUUUUAUCUUGAGGUGAGAAUGCUUAAUAAAGUUUUAUAUGCCAAAAGAAAUGACUUCCAGAGGCUAAGCAGCCCUGCACAAAUGUAUUUUUCAUUUAAAUAGUAUUAUGUUAACUUUCUGUGCGUUUUUCUUUCUUUUUGAAUUUUUUAUUUCAUUUCAUAUUUGUAGUACGUAUCUUCCCUCUGUUAGGAAGUAAACCAACUUAAUUGAUUUUAUUCACAAAAAAAGUAAUACUGUAUUCCAAGAACUAAAAAUUUAGAUGUUCAGUUCAUUGUGCCAAGCUUAAUAUAUUUUUAUAAUAAAAACUUGACUUGCAUACAUCAUUAUGACACAUUAGGAACCCAUUUAUGACUUCAAGUAAGGAUGUUAUGGGUGUAAAUUUAUUUAUGUGCAGAUUCAAUAUGUUAAUUUUAUAGAUACAAUAUAUCAUCAAUGUGACAAACAAAUAUAUGGGAGCCUGCUAUAUUCUUUCAAUAUUGAUAAAAGGAAUUCUUCUAUGAAAGUCACUGAGAAUUGAAUAGAAUGUUUGCUGCACGAAAAUGUCUGUGGAUCUAUUUUUUUUCUGUACAAAAUCUUCCAAAAUAAUAAAUUGCAUUGUAGAUUCAUAAAAGUUUCAUUUACUUUGUAAAGUAAAUUCAUAUUUGGGUAGAAACCCUUCCAAAUGUGUUAGUACUCUGAAAUCUUGUUGAAAAGUUAUUCUUAAUGUCACCAGACUGUCUCUGAAUGUUUAUCUAUGGUACAUAGAUGUUAAGAAUCAGUAAUAAGCAAGUAGGUCAGUGAGUGUUUAUCUUUAUUCUUCAGAGAUUAGUGAACUUUUUACUGCUACUAUUUUUAAGAACUUAUGUUAAUUAGGUUUUAGAUUAAUAUUCUACUAAAGGUUUCUACCUUGUUGAAAUAAUUCAGAGUUGAAAUAACAAAGUUACAGUGAGUACUGGAUUAUGGAUAAUCUCUUAUGAAAAUCACAUUGCAUCUUGUUGGAGAAUUGUUUAAAGAAACAAAUAAAGUACAGAGAGAGAAGGCAAUGUGUUUACUUACAAAAUGCAUGUCAAGUAAGUGUUCAUUCACUUUAAUUAGUCAAUUCUUGGGGUUGCUGCUAGAUUGACUCAUAGAAAUAAUAAACAUUUUUACUUAAUAUCAAAUCAUCAAUAAAUUUUGGGAAAAGGAUUAUUUUUAUUUUUGAUAUGUCAAUGAAAUUAAUGUAUAACAAAUACAUUUUGCUGUCUAUUAGUUGAUGGCAGAAAAUAUCUUACCUGAUACCAAUGAAAUGUAAAGUACAUUUGUUGGAACUUCAUUAUAAUAUAUUCAGCUGAAAAUUAGAUAUGAUUUCACAAUUGAGUCAUUUUAGAUGGAGUGAGAGGUAAAUCAUCAACCAAAAUUUAAAUAGGAAGUUAAAUAAAAAUGAGACAAAACAAAAAAUAACUAGAUAAACGAAAAUUAUAAAAUGAGAGAUUGAACUUGCAUCUCAAUGGAGUUCAGUGCUUGAAAAUCAUAUUCAAUAUCUUGAUUUUAAUAAGAAGUAUUUUCUUUAUUAUCAGUAGAGCUCGGAAGUUCAGGUUACAUAAAAUAGGCUGGCAAAAAGGCAUUUAUUCCAGUUGAAAUAGGGGUGUAGGGGUAAAGGAAAUGUAAAAAUUAAUAAUAAAAAUAAUUCAAAUUUAUUCUAACUCUAUAAUCAGCACAUACAGGGAAGAAAACUAUAUUUUCAUUUUCUUUGUAAUAUUGAUUACACAUGACCACCUGGUAUGAUGACUAGAAUUUGUAUCACCUGGGUCUCUGGCUCUAUGAAAUGUUGUGGAUUCCCUUUAAAUCUUGGACUAACGUAACUUAAAAUGUGAUUAUAGUUUUCUUUCUGUGCACUGUGUGCAGUGUGUAAUUACCAUCACUGAAAAGGGUUGAAUUGCUUUUCAGAAAG